CCAUGACCACGAAAUCCACGGAAAGCCAACUAGUUUCAGUGGUUUUCAGCGGUCGUUCCAGUCGUGCCAGUCAUUCACCGCUAGAGAAGACAUAAUCUUGCUGUCGUACAAGCAGCUUGAAUAUGGUUGAAUUUCCAGGUUUCCGAUUCGUGAUAGGGCUUCUCAAAGGUCCUAGACUGUACAGAAUUCACAAAGCAGGCGACAGAGAGGGUCGGUUGUACGAACCCAACAGCGUAGAGGGCUACAGUGAUAACUUAAUUCGUUCUGUAAGUCUUGCCCUAGCUGUAGCAUGGUCAAUUGGAAUGUAUGCUUCACCUAUCAUUAUAACUACAUUAUAUCGAAGGGGUUAUGUGACAUAUGAAGGUCUGAUCACGCAAGCAAGAUUAGCUGGAGUUGUAUGCACAGUGUUAGUUGGAACUUUUAUCAUUAGAGGUGUCGGUCGAAUGGUGAACGGAGACUACAUUCCAUUUCUGCGAGCUCUCCACAAUGCACAAGAGAACCUCAACAAAAGUACAAAGGCAGAGUUGAUGAAGUACGACAGUGAGUUCUAUGCAUGGCCCGUCGACUUCAGGUGGAAUGACCCUAAUGCAGAUCCCAGCAAACAGCGUGUGUCUGUUGACACGCGCACAUCAAAACGGCGCACAUUUCUGUCUCGUGUAUUGGCCCUGCCCUGCGACGUACUGAGCUACGUUGCCAUUCACACAUUUGGGCGCCGUCUAAUGUAUCCUGGUGCUGUAGGCCUCUUGCAGGCUGCUGUAGGUCCUAUGCUCAUUCAAGGAAGGGCCAAGCUCGUUGAAGAGUAUGGUGGCGUGAGGAACAAGCUUCUAACACGUGAUGGCAACGAGAUUGACUCUGUGUUUGUGGACAGGAGGAAUUCAAACCUGCCAAAUGGUAACAUUCUGGUCGUCUGCUGUGAAGGAAACGCUGGUUUUUACGAGUAUGGAACUACGUCCACCCCUAUUGAAGCUGGCUAUUCUGUGUUGGGCUGGAAUCAUCCUGGUUUUGCAGGAAGCACGGGAGUUCCCUAUCCUGACCAGGAACAGAACGCCAUUGAUUGCGUUAUGCAGUUUGCCAUCCAUCGUUUGGGUUUCCUUCCUGAGAACAUUGUUGUUUUCGCCUGGUCCAUUGGUGCCUACACAGGAACGUGGGCUGCCAUGAACUACCCUGACAUCAAAGGCCUGGUUUUGGAUGCCACAUUUGAUGAUGUCGUUCCGCUAGCAACAUCCAAAAUGCCUCCAAGCUGGGAGCCACUUGUCAAAAACACAAUCAGAGGGUACAUGAAUCUGAACAAUCUUGAACACCUACAAAAGUACAAAGGGCCAGUGCUUAUGUACAGGAGGACGCGAGAUGAGAUCAUCACAACAGUGGAUGCAACAAAGAUUCAGAGCAACCGGGGCAAUGACCUACUUGUUGGAGUCCUGCAGCAACGCUACCCAAACCUAGUUACCAACGACACUCAGUGGGCUCUUCGAGAAUGGCUGUCUGGAGAUCAGAGCCAUCAGAUGGUAUUGUGGGAGCAACAGGGAGUUGACGAGGACACGUGCCUGACAAUGUUGCGGUCGUACAUUGAAGACAAGGGCUUCUCUAUUCCUCUGUGCAUUGGAGACAGCAUGCAAACAGAAAUGAAAGUUCAACUACUGCUUUUCUUGGCACGCAAGCACAUGAUCGACUUCAACUCGACGCACUGCACACCGCUCCCGCCCAGUCUCUUUCAACUUCCGUGGAAUGCUUCCACCCUGACCGAGGGCAACAAUGGGGGAGGAGCAGAUGUAAGGUGGACCCCAUCACGGCUAUAAGCAGGACAUUGCAGCAUGCACAAGGCAUCAGAAUUCAACGUAUGGCUUGCAUGCACUCUUGCCCGAGUUUUGCAAGGUUGGGUGGUAUGCUACUAACUUUGUCUAGCAUUUUGUUUCAUGAUGAUAUAUGGGAGCUCAAUUUCAUCACUAGUAUUGACCUCUGUGUUUUAAGUUCAUAUUCAACUGGUACCUCUUUUAUUUUGGUAUUACACUGUACUUAAUUUUGAUUGACUCGUACUAGACUGUAUAUGGUCACUACUAACACUGAUGAUUGCAGCCCUGCAUGGAUGAAAACUUUUGUGUGCAUGCAAGGGGCUGGCACCGCUGUCAUGUCUCGGCAGCAGCAGCAGUGUCUUCAAUGUUCACAGACCCAGCUUUCUGCGAAACGAUUAACCCUCUGCUGUAAAACUUGGACAGCUGACCUACAUUGAUGUGAUGCAAGCAACCAUCCCAUCUCAUUCACUGUACCAUAACUCCUGGUGAAUGUCGCAACCCUUUUACGUGUCACAAUUUCGGUCCAACACUUGUGCUGCAGCUUUCCAAGUGUGUGUGUACGAAUAAGUUGUAAUUUACGUAAUGUGGAUAGAUCACGAUAGCUGUCGUCUGGUGGAACGCACGAAAGAGAGAUGCAGUACUUUAGCAUAAACAGUCACAAUGCCUUUUCCUGUACGAGAUACAAAAUGUGGAAACAAAGGCCUGGCUGGAUUUCUCCUUUGGUGUGUGCCGAGCGAAAGAUUCACAAGCACUGCAUUCACAUGAAGACGUCAGCCUGAGCAUGGGAAGUAAACACUGGAGGAGGAGGACGUGGACGAGAGCUCAAACCCUCGGAAUUAGUUGUCCUUUUCGCCGGUUUCAGCCUCUUGUCUGUGUCGCCUUUUUUUUUUUUCUGUGUUUACUGGCCAUGCUCAGACUCUCUUCUGCGUCUGUACCGUCUUAACUGCAUUCACAACAUGCUGUGGACCACAACCAGACGAGAAAACUUGACUUCACCUAGAACCGUGUACCUAGUAGUGGGGAUUAAUACCUGUGGGUGGUGCCAACGCCGCCUAGAUACAGAAAGCUUGCUCGUUGCCUCCUCUUCCUUCCUCCUUCGCUACGUGGACAUUAAGAGUCGGAAUACGUCUGCUACUGCUAUUCACCGUCCUGCUAAUCCGAGAACUCUCAAAUGACUGCAGCUCACCUGGAACCCGCAGACCUAAAUAUUUACAGAAAAAGCGCAAGACACGUUCCAGAAAAUCGCUUUUGAGAAGGAUUGAGACCAUUUUGAGCUUUAUUUCAAAGUUUCCGACAUUUAGUCCGCGGGGACGAUCAAUCACAACUCGCAGACGACAGUGGUUCGUCUUCAUAGACUCAACUGCUGAAGGCACGUUUGUGAUUGGCUGCCUCCAUUGAAAACACAGCACUCUUAAUUGUUACGUCACAUCGAUGAAUAAGCAGGCUUUCUCAGUCAAGGUGGUGUUGGUUUCGUAGGGCUCUAUCAUGUAUUGUUGAAAAUCUGAAAGUGUUUGUCGGUCCGUUCAUCGUUACUAUGCCCUCAAUUGCCCUUGGUAGUAUGUAUGCUCCUGGUGCUUGAUAAUAUGCCUGGUGAAGGCACACUUUUGUUAAGGCCACUACAGCUUUCUGCAUUAGUGAAUGCACAAAUGAAACUCUGUGGCAUAAAAACAUCAGAAUUUGCGAUAUUCUGUAUAACACGAAGAAUGCUGAACAUCAGUAUUGUACUACCUGUAAUAAAGGAAGUUUCUUUGGA